UGACCCGCGGCGCCGCUUGGUCACAACAAAGAUGGCGGCGGCGGCGGUGAAGAAGUGGAGCUACGGAGCUUCUGGACUCAUAUUAUUGUUGUCUGUCUUCAGUUUGAGUCAAAGUGCGUCCAGCGGGGACACAACGUACCGGAGACAGUUGUCGGUACAGUUGAACCCCGGCGCCCCGGCGCCACCUCAGGGUUUCGACCUGCUGCACGUGAGAGCCGUUGGAGUCAACGACACGCUGCACUUCCUGUUGUGCAGCCUGGGGGCGCCAACACUGCUGCUCGUCCACACCAACACUUCUUCAUCUACGGUGAAGGUGAACUGGAGUCAGUUUUCAGAUCGUAAUGUCAGCAGCAGCCUGAAGGUGGAGCCAGAAAGCAGCAUCAUCUACAGCACCGCCGUCGUCUUCAGCAGGCUGUUGGAGUACGAUGAUGUCAACAACACCGCUGACCCGACCUCUGACCUUUUCCCUCCGUAUGAGCUGCAGAACUUCACCUGGUCUCCUCUCAACCUGUCGGGUCCGACCGCUGUGCUCUGUGGAGCCGCCACCGCCUUCACCGCUGGAUCGCUCUGCCUGCAGCUGUCGGUGUUUGAGUCAGAUGGGCGUGGUCAGUCAUGGCCUCGCCUCCUCCACACAGCUAACUCCUCCCAGUUGUGGGUGUGGCUUGAUGGCGUGUUGCCACGAGCGAGUCAUUCCAGGUUCCUGUUGGAGCUGCAGGCGGUGGGCGGGGCUUAUCCUCCAAGCAGAGUGGAGGUUCAUCAAUCGAUUGAUGAUGAGUUCACACCGUCAAUAUUCAAGGUGUCUCAGUGGGUGUCCUCAGUGAACAGCAGCUCAGAAGUUCUGGGGUUCCUUCAGUGGAAGCCAGUAGCGUACCGGCGGCCCCACCCGGCUCUGGAGGACGCCACGCCUUGCCGUCACUCUGACCCGCGGCCUCAGAGCAGCGAGGGGACGGCGGCAGCGUCCGGUCUGAUCCGAGCGUUCUACACGGAACCACAAACGUUCGGACUCAACAUGAGCUUCGGCCUCGCAGGAGACCCGUUCUACAACAGCACCAACUUCCUGCGCUGGACGGUGUUGGUCGGCACCGGCUCUCCUCCUGUCGACUCCUUCUCCCCGAUGGUUCUUGCCAUUAUGGCAGCCGGUCUGGGAACUCCCAUGAUCCUCCUGCUGGUGGGCGGAGUCUUCGUCUGCAUCCGAAAGAGGUUGACGGCCUCUGCGACAGCCUAUGAGCCGAUCAACUGAUGGUUGCGGCAGGUGAAAAGAUGACAGAGACGUUUUUAAAAACUCACUGUGUGGACAUAUGGACGGGUGACACCACAGUCCAGCCAGCCAAUCAGGACACAGGAUAAUUGUUUUAACCUUUUGAUCUCUUCCUAUUUUUAACAGGACGUCCGUCAGAAAUUUGUUUGAUGUUUUUUAAAUAAAAAUUAGAACUGAUGAUCUUAAAUGUGGAUAUGAUGGUUUUUUAUUGUCAAUAAAUCUCCAGUCUCA